UGUUUAUUUUAUCGAAAACUUGUAGAAAAAAUCAACAACUUACACAUCUAAAUACCGAUGACUUCGUCCAGGUCGGGCAGCAAAUACGCCAGUACUUGCCAGAAAAGGACAUGCCCUACAUCCUGGACAUCGAUCUCGACUUCUUUAGCACGAAAAAUCCGUUCCGCGACAUUUACGAGCGCGCAAACCUCUACGACAAGCUCGCCAAGCUCUACAGUUUCAAGCGGCCGUCCAGCUGUGAUCCCGAGAUCCUUAAAGAAGUCAGUGCAGCGAGAGACGAGCAGUUAUCAGAACUGGAAGGCCUCUUUACAAUGCUAGAUCUAGAGAGGAGCCUCAUUGACUACGACGGGCCAAAGACUACUCGGUAA